CUGUGUGCACUGAGUUCGUAGUGGCAAUCUGGCUGCUUUGAGUGGUGGAAUGAGAGAUUUGUGUGAUGUGUCGUUAGGUCGAAACGGUCGAGUCGGGUCGGGUCGUGUACCUUUUGCCACGAAUGUUUUGCCAGUCAGGCUCUAAAAGGCCUUACGAAAACAGCUGAGAUUUUGUUGGUCGCAUGACGCGCAUUUUUCCGAACAUCUGAAGUUAUUUUUUAAUACUGCUUGCGUAGAUAUGCCAAGGAGAAAAAUCACUGAAAUUUUACAAAGUGUGUGCAAAUCGUUUGAAAGUUCUCGGUUGCAACGCCCGAACAGAUAUGAAUUAUUGACGAAAGAGUGUUCGAUAAUAAAAUUAAUAAAUUAAAUGAGUUUAGCGAAAUACGCGCGGAGUGCGAUUAAAAUUUACCAGUGUUAAUUAAUUUUGAAUUUAAAUAAGUAUAUUUCGUAUAUUUUUUAGCGCGGCAACGCGAUCGCCAACCAAACGUGUGUGCAAGAAAUUUUCGCUCGAUCAGAAAUUAUGAUAAAGUGAGAAAUAUUGCAUACCAGCAGUGUUUUGAUACGAAAUUUAUAAUACAAAAAAUGAGUACUGGUUGAUGAGAAAAUACAAAGAAUUUUUGCACAAAAAAAAAAAAAGAUUAAGAACUUUUGAGUGCUGCGAUCACUUCUUGUGCAACAUCGCAGCCGAAGAAAAGAAAAACAUAAUUGUAGCAACGAAAGGUGGUAAUCAAACGCGCAAACAACCACUACGCCACGUACAAAAAUACACACAACUAGCUACGGUCUCGUACCGCUUUGUGUCGACGGGAUACCAGCAAAGUGCAUACUUCAUUUCCUUCAUACGCCCCGCAAGCCGCCAAAAUUAUCACCCACAAUUCUUUGAGCGUGUACGGUGGCGGCGUCAUGUGCGCCUCACCGUCCACCGCUCCCGGCUUCUUCAAUCCACGCCCGCAGUCCAGCGCCGAGCUGUCCGCCUUCGAUCUCGGCCUGCCGCGCUCAAUGGCAUUGGGCGUACCGCCACCCUCCGCAUGGCACGAUCCUAAUCUCGGUGGACAUCUGCACGCCUCCGCUGGUCCCGGCUCGUUGCCCGGCGCGGGUGGCAGCUCCGUGGGUACCGGCGGCGGCACAACACCAUCCAGCGUCGCCAGCCAACAGUCGGCGGGCAUCAAGCAGGACCUUUCCGGGCUCGGUGGCGCGGGGGGCCAAUCGAACACACUCAACCAAAGCGGACAUCAUACAAUCAAAGAGGAUCUCUCCAGUCUGACAGCUGCCUCGGCGGCAGCUAGCGCGGCGGCACACCAUGCGGCGGCAGCACAUCAUGCAGCGGCGGCGGCGCAACAGAAUCACGGACAGGAGCUCGGCGUCAUGAUCAAAGGCCAACAAGCGGCGUCUAAUUGCUUGGGCGGCGGCAGUGCGGCGGGCGGUGGAGGAGGUGGUGGUGGCGGCGGCGGCGGUGGCAGUACAACGCCUAGUUCUCAGGCGAAUAGCCUGCAUUCGCAGAGUAGCAACAGCGACUCCAAACAAAAUAUGGACUGCAAGCAGAACAUCGAGUGUGUGGUGUGCGGGGACAAGAGCUCCGGCAAGCACUAUGGACAGUUCACCUGCGAAGGCUGCAAAUCGUUCUUCAAGCGCUCGGUGCGGCGCAACCUAACUUACUCAUGUCGGGGGAGCAGGAAUUGCCCGAUCGAUCAACAUCAUCGCAACCAAUGCCAAUAUUGCCGUUUAAGAAAGUGCCUGAAAAUGGGAAUGCGACGAGAAGCUGUUCAGCGCGGUCGUGUGCCACCCACUCAACCUGGUUUGGCCGGCAUGCACGGUCAGUACCAGCUCGCGAAUGGCGACCCCAUGGCCGUCGCCGGCUUCAACGGUCACUCCUAUCUCAGUUCCUACAUUUCGCUGCUCCUGCGUGCCGAACCCUACCCAACGUCCCGCUACGGUCAGUGCAUGCAGCCGAACAACAUAAUGGGUAUCGACAACAUCUGCGAAUUGGCCGCCCGCUUGCUAUUUUCUGCCGUCGAGUGGGCCAAAAAUAUACCGUUCUUCCCCGAACUGCAAGUGACGGAUCAAGUGGCGCUGCUGCGUCUAGUCUGGUCGGAGUUAUUCGUCUUGAAUGCGAGCCAAUGUUCGAUGCCGCUGCAUGUUGCGCCACUGCUGGCUGCCGCUGGCCUGCACGCCUCGCCGAUGGCGGCGGAUCGCGUGGUUGCGUUCAUGGACCACAUACGUAUCUUCCAGGAGCAGGUGGAAAAACUGAAGGCGCUGCACGUCGACUCAGCGGAAUAUUCCUGUCUCAAGGCGAUCGUGCUCUUCACCACCGGUAAGUUGCUGGACAUCCUCUAUAAGGAUGUGCCGGCGCUGCUAACCAAAGUUUCAGCUCAAGUGUGUGCGUUGGCCUCCUCGGCCAGCACUCACACCAGCGCGAAUUCGGAUAUGCUGUUGGUGGUGCGCGACCAUCUCGACGAUCUAAAUCGUGUCGAAUCAGAGUCGCAGCAACACGCUUCGGCGGCCGCUUUCCACCUGGCCGCCUUCAUGAAGAGUGUUGCUGGUGUGGAAGCGGCCACCCAAAAUGCCUUCCUCGCCUCCGAGCAUGCGGCGCAUACGCCCUCGGCAGCAACGACGACCCCAUCUUCAGAUCAAAACUCCGGAAACACGGGAGCCACCGAACACUGUCAAGUCAGUGAUGAUCACAAGCCAACAUCUCAGCAACUGGCCACCAGUUCAGCGAACGGUCUAGUGCACUCGGCGACCAGUGCUUUCAGCUCAUGUGCGCCCAGUCACAAGACCGCCGCACACCUGACCAGCACUGACGAUUUGUUGGCUGCGCUAUAUGCCAGCGCCAGCGCGGCGCCAACCACCUCCACUACAACCACGUCUACUUCGAAUUCAAGUCACAAUAAUAGUAGUGGUCUGGGCGCUUCCAUAAAUACUCAAUCGCAAAUCGGUUCGUCUCUGUUUAACAGCCUAACCGCUUCGCCAUUGAGUAAUAGCGCAAACCAAACCACUGCCACCGCCGCUGCUGCCUCUUCAGGUACCGCAGGUAGUAAUCAUGGCGGAACAUAUCAAUCGCCGCAUCUUACCUCCGCGCAACAACAAUACAAUUCACAUUCGCAGUCGCAGGCGGCGCAAGAUCAGCAACAGGCCGCGGCAGCAGCCGCCGCCACAGCAGCCAUGUUCUAUCAGACACCGCCGCGCUCUGCCUUCGGUUCGGCCUUUGAUAUGUUCCACCAUAGCACACCGUUCGGUGUGAGUAGUGGCGCUUCGUUCGGUAGUCCCAGCUAUAGAUACUCGCCUUACAGCUUCGGCAGUAGGUGGCAAUUGUAGUUCGAAGUAAGCACCGAGUAGAGGUGCAAACCUAGCGACUUGUUGUUGAGAGUUGGUAGAGCCAGCCGCCUUAGCCAUAGGUCCACAUAGAUAGUGUUUAGUCUAGUCUAGUACUUCUAAGCUGUGCUCGUAGGUUUUAAUACGCAGCCGCGCUUUUGUAAUAAAAAAC